GCGGAAGUGAUUCUCUGCUCUUCUCAAACAUCGCAUUAACGGCAAACUAGGGAGCUAUUUAGCUAACAUUAUCACAGUUUAUCCUUCCAUUUCGUCGCUAAAGUUAACGUUUAUUUCCAAUUAAGAAUGUCAGAAAGAAAAGUUUUAAACAAAUACUACCCGCCAGACUUCGACCCAGCUAAAAUCCCCAAACUCAAGCUCCCUAAAGACAGGCAGUAUGUGGUCCGGCUGAUGGCUCCCUUCAACAUGAGGUGUAAGACGUGUGGGGAGUACAUUUACAAGGGGAAGAAGUUCAACGCCCGUAAGGAGACUGUGAUGAAUGAGCUCUACAUGGGACUGCCCAUCUUCCGCUUCUACAUCAAGUGUACACGAUGUCUGGCCGAGAUCACCUUUAAGACUGAUCCGGAGAACACGGACUAUGCCAUGGAACACGGUGCCACAAGGAACUUCCAGGCGGAGAAACUUCUGGAGGAGGAAGAGAAGAAGAUCACGAAGGACAGAGAGGAGGAAGAGUUGAACAACCCUAUGAAGGUGUUGGAGAACCGAACGCGGGACUCUAAGAUGGAGAUGGAGGUUCUGGAGAAUCUUCAGGAGCUCAAGGAGUUGAACCAGAGACAGGCUUCGGUGGACUUCGAAGGAAUGCUGGGAACAUACAAAGAGCUGGAGCAGAGGAAUAAAGAGAGGGAGAAGGAGGAGGACGAGAGGGAGACACGGGAGAUGCUAGAGAGAGCUCAAGUGAAGAGGUUAAGAGACUCUGACUCUGACUCAGACCAGGAGAGCGAGAGCAGCAGACCAAAGAAGCCCAGCACAGACAGACCUACUGACAUCCUCACCACGGACAGACUCACUGACACACAGGGCCUGUCAGUAGCGGGGGUGAAGAAGGCCAAGGUGGAGAGCUGGGAGAGAAGUGUGGGGGGGCUGGGAGGUGGAGGGGCACUGGGAACACUGGUUGUAAGGAAGAAACCAGCGACCUCUGUCCCUAAAUCUGGUACCACAGUAACUCCUGCAGGCUCUAACACACAGACAGAUUCAAAGGCAGCUGCUACUGUGCCGACGGAGGCUGCUAAGCCAAUCACAGCACAGAAUGGGUCGUCGUCACUCAGCCUCCUAGGGGAAUAUUCCGACAGUGAUGACAGUGAAUGAGCGAGAGGCUGGCGAUGCUUUGGCUAAUCCAAAUGCUCAGUCAUAGUCUGAACUUCGCUGACAUGGAACAGAGUUGUAUGUGAUAUGGAAAUGUGUUGAUAUGAUGUUGGGCAAUUCACUUGUUCCACACAACCCAGAACAGUUUGGGAUUUUUAAGAUCACAACUCAAGGCUGGUUAUUAGGUGUAAGAAAGGGGUUAGUAAUUUGAUGCCUGUGAUGAUUUAAAACUACUGUAGUUGUUUCAGAGUGUAUAGGAGUGUUAGCGGGCUGAAUUUUAUCAUCCUGCAAUGUAAUUUGUUUUCACCUGUGAUUUUAGAAAAUAUAUUUGGACAUUUCUAUCUACCCACUACCCUCCAACCCUGUAAAGGUGUUAGUCAUGUUUUGGCUUUUCAUUAAAUAAUUAUUUUACUCUAAA